AUGACUAAAAAACAAGCAGCCCCUGGCAAAGACCACAAGAGACCAGAGGAGAUGGAGAAGACUAAAGCGACGCAGGAUGCCUGUGGUACCCCUUCUCCCCCAAAGAGGCAGCUGUCCCCAGCACAUCACCGCAAGGACCAGCCGUUGGCCUCUCGCUUUGUUCCCUUUGUUGCCCAUUUUGGGGGCCGUGAGCCUGACUCCUUCAAGUUUCUCUUCUACACGCCAAGCUGCUCAAACUCGUACUGGCCCUUCUACACCAUGCAGCAGCCGACCUGCGGGUACCUCUAUCGCCACGACACUGAUCACACCAGGAAGGUGAUAGAUGUCCCGAGUGCCAACAUUGUGAAAUGGAGGCCUGUCCUCAACACAAAGCCAUAG